CGUGCUGCAAAGCCUUUCCCCCAUUAUCCCAUUCCUUUUUUUUUUUUUUUUUCCCCGGCCCGGGAGAAACGCGUGUCCUUGCUUUGCCAUGAAAGAACCGGCCGGUUGGACGUUGCGGGUCGGCUUGGUGGGCUUGGCGGCGGCCGGGGUCGCCUACGGUCUUUAUCGGGUGACUUCCAGGCGGAGCGGCGGAGCAUCCCCACGACCGAAGGGUUUGGGCAGCCUCGGCGGGGGAGAAGCCUCGGGGUCUCCCGGGUUGUCCAGCAGCCCCCACCGGGCCCCUCCGCAAGGGGGCAGUGAUGGUUCAAAAUCCGUUCUUGAGGCCCCUCACAUUAAGAGUCUUCUUCAUCUGUUGGAGUCUACAGAGGAUUCUUCGGUUCAGGAACAGAUCUUGGUUACCCUGAGCAACAGCGCGGCUUUCUCUGUCAAUCAAGAUAUCAUUCGGAAUUUAGGUGGCCUCUCUGUGAUUGGAGAAAUGCUUUCAGUUCCCGUCACUAAUGUUAAACAAAAAACACUUAAUGCACUCAAUAACUUGAGUAUGAACACUAAAAAUCAAGAGGAACUAAAGAUCUAUAUUACCAAAGUGUGUGAGGAAGUCGAAGCAUCUUCUGUAAACUCCGAACUGCAGUUAGCUGGCCUUCGAUUUUUAACCAACAUUUCUGUGACAAAUGACUAUCAUUACAUGAUGACUAGCUUCAUACCCAAUUUUCUGCACUUGCUGUUUGAAGGAAAUGAAAGGACUCAGGUUCAAGUCCUGAAAGUCCUUGUGAACUUAUCAGCAAACCCAAUUAUGGCAGAACAUCUACUUAAUUCACAGGCGCCUCUUCUCCUAUCUCUGUUUGACAGCUGCAUAAACAAAGAUAUUUUGCUCAGAGUCCUUGUGUUUGCCACGAACUUGACGAAGUCCAUGAGCCACGACAAGGGUUCUGCUAUCCACAAUCUGUACAACGAAGAUUCAGUUUUUUCUACUCUCUCCGACAACUCUCUAUUUACUCAAAAACUGGCAUCUCUGUUGCAUCAUUAUGAUGCAGAAGUUAAAGAGCAAGUUGCAAAACUAAUAAUGCAGCAGUGCUGAGCUCAGAGGUCCAUCUCGAACCAUUCCAUCGUCAAAAUCCUGAAUGGCCUGAAAGAUAUAUCAAUGAUGACCUCCGAUAACUAUUUUAUUGACUUGUGUAAAGUUUCCUCAUGUUUAACUGGAGAACUGUAUCAAUUGCGGACAUUUCCUUCUGCCUCUAUCUCUCUAUUGCCCCCGUCUCUGGAAGUAAAAAAGAAGGUCCAUGAAGGACCAGCUCAUGGACUCUGAAAUAAUCUGGAAUUUCAGGACAGCAUCUGGAGGUUUGUUCUCCGAGCUUGUGGGUUGGUUUCCGAAUAUUUCAUUAUCAGACGACCGUGUUUCCCCAAAAAUAAGACCCUGUCUUAUAUUUUUUUGAACCCUGAAAUAAGCGCUUGGCCUUAUUGCCAUGCGCUCAAAAGCCCGUUUGGGCUUAUUAUCAGGGGAUGUCUUAUUUUGGGGGAAACAGGGUAGGUAACAUUUUCAGCAAAAUUUAGGGAAUUAUUUAUAUAUCUUCCUCUAGUCCAGUGAUGGCUAACCUUUUCCGCACUGAGUGCCCAAAGCACCUGCGCGAAUGCGCCCAAAUCCCCCCAAAUGCAAUGUGCGUGUGGCCUCCGUGCAUGUACCCUGCCCGCAUGUACGUGCGGCCCCGCGCCCUGCCCCACGCGCAUGCAUGUGUGGCCCCCGCACACGCCCUGCCCCCCACACAUGCGCAGCAGAGACCUGAAGACCAGUUGGCCGGCAGGAGACGUGCGCACAUACACAGUGGAUCUGAACUGGAGUGGCGGCUCGCGUGCCAUCAGAGAAGGCGCUGCGUGCCACCUCUGGCACGUGUGCCAUAGGUUCGGCUCUAGUCACAUCAACCCACCAGAGCGGGGAGGCAGGGAAUGUUAGGGGUCACUUCUCCUAAGGGGGACCAUCAAGUGGGACCAAGAAGAAGGACCUUCUCUGUGGUGGCUCCCUCUCUCCUCUGUAGAACAUCGUCCCUGCAGAAAUAAGAUUGGACCUCACUUUGACACCAAGACCUGGUUUUGCUAACAGGCCUGAGGGCCCCAGAGUGGGAUAGAGCCAGUGGUGGGCUGCUGCUGGUUGUAACAACCGGUCUGCCCAGCACUGAAAAUGUGACCCUGGUCGCCUUCCACACAUGCAUGCGUGUGCAGCUUCAAAAACAUGACGAUAUAGGACGGGGCGGGGGGGGGGGCAGAGGCAAGUCCACGGGUUGCAACUACCGGUUUGCCUGAACCGGACUGAACCAGGAGUAGCCCACCUCUAGAUGGAGCCCUUCAAAUGGCUCCUUUGAUUGUUGUCACCAGAUUUGUUUUUGCAUUGGGCUUUUAGCCUUGUAAGUUGUAAAUAGCCUUCGUUAGACCACACUUGUGAGAGAAAUAGAAUUAUUCCUGUAACUAAUCUCUACAAUAUACCUCUACAAUAAAUCUGCUUUUUACUUGU